AUGUCUUUUGAAGCUAAAUUGAACAAGGGCCUCGAGGAAGGCGUAUCUGUCAUUCCCUCGAGUCGGCAAGGUGAGCUCAAGCGGACUUUUUCCGUGUGGUCGAUUCUAGGAAUCGGUUUCGGACUCACCAACUCGUGGUUUGGUAUCUCUGCUUCUUUAAUUACUGGUAUCCAGUCCGGUGGACCCAUGCUCAUCAUCUAUGGUAUCAUCAUCAUUGCCUUUAUUUCUUACUGUAUUGGUAUUACCUUGUCUGAAAUGAGUUCUGCCAUUCCCCUGGCUGGAGGACAGUACGUGUGGACACGAGUAUUAUCCCCUCGCAAGCACUCAAGUUUUUUGGCGUAUCUUUGUGGGUCUCUUGCUUGGGCUGGUUCGCUUUUCACGUCGGCUUCUUUGGCACUCAGUAUUGCCAAUGAAAUCAUGGCAUUUUGGGUCCUCAAACACCCAGACCAUGUCACUCAAAAAUGGCAGCUUUUUGUCAUUUACCAGCUCAUCAAUUUGUUUUUGGUCAUGUUCAAUUGCUACGGAAAAGCACUUCCAACCAUCGCCAAUUGUGCCUUGUACACUUCGCUUUUCUCGUACGUAGUCAUCACCAUUACCGUGUUGGUGUGCUCUCGUGGACACUACCAGAAUGCUGACUUUGUAUUUGUCAAAUUCGAAAAUGCUACCGGUUGGUCUACCGCUGGAAUUGCAUUUAUUGUCGGUUUAAUCAACCCCAAUUGGAGUUUUUCCUGCUUGGACUCGGCCACCCAUUUGGCCGAAGAGACCAACACCCCUGCCACUGAUAUCCCCAUUGCUAUCUUGGGUACGGUAACCAUUGGUUUCGUGACCUCGUUCACCUACUCCAUCGCCAUGUUCUUCUCGAUCCACAACUUGAGUGAUAUUAUUAAUAACGGUACGGGAAUGCCCAUUUUGGACAUCUACUACCAGGCCUUGGGUAACAAAGCUGGUGCGCUUUGUCUUGGUUUUCUUAUUCUUUUGACAGCCUGCGGUUGUACCAUCUCAAGUCAUACUUGGCAAGCACGGUUAUGCUGGUCUUUCGCCAGAGACCACGGUUUGCCCUUUUCCAAGUACUUGUCGAGAGUCGACCCAAAGCUUGGAGUUCCAUUAAAUGCUCACUUAUUCUCUUCGUUCUGGGUUGCAGUGUUGGGAUGCCUUUAUUUGGUGUCUGAUGCUGCUUUCAAUUCCAUGGUUACCGGCUGUAUCACCUUUUUAUUAUUGAGUUACUUGGUCCCUACCGCAUGUUUGUUGUACCGAGGCCGUAACAAUAUCCGUCGUGGUCCAUUCUGGAUGGGUCACAUUGGUCUUUUUGCCAAUAUCAUGACCUGCGCGUGGGCUAUCUUUGCGUUGGUCUUCUUCUCGUUCCCAUCAUUUAUGCCAGUAACUCCUGGAACCAUGAACUAUGUUUCGGUGGUGGUUGCCAUCUAUCUCAUCUGGGCGUUGGCUUACUGGUGGUUCCCAGUGAAAUCUUGGGGCUGCAAGCACAAGUUCGCCGGAGGGAUCAGCGGUGAAGAGGAAGAGUUUCCUGAUGUCUGUCUACACGACCUUUAA